AUAGAAAAGGGAGAGUGAUCACCUUCAUUCCAUGACAUCCACGAACUUUUUGGUUUUGAGAGGCCAAUCGGGAUUUUGUGAAGAACUUGAACAGUAAAAUCGCUCGAGGGAGAGAGUCAAACUGAGUCGCGAAUAGAUGUAACUCUUUGUCCCCCACGAUCCCGAGGCAGACUGAAGAAAGGCAAUGAAAAGGUGUGCUUCAACUUUCACCGUUGCCUUACCGAUGUUCAUCGAAGGAGAGUAUAACAUAGAGUCGCGAAGAGAAGUGACUCUUCAGCUGCCACGGUCCCAAAACAUAGCAAAGAAAGGUAAUGAAAAGACGUGCUCUAACGUUCACCGAAAGAGAGGAUAACACUAUGUCAUGAAGAGAAGCGACUCUCCGACUGCCACGAUCUCAAGGCAAACUGAAGAAAGGCAAUGGAAAGGCCUACUCCGACGUUCGCCUUUGCAUCACCAUUAACUCACCGACGUUCAUCGAAGGAGAGGAUGAAUAGUUAUGGGAAAAUACACCAAACAGCCUUUGGGUAGAAGAGAAGAAAUCGCGGGCAGAAAAUGGGAAAUCAACACAGUUUUUAAAAUUUUAGGUUUUAUUUACCACAAAGGCAAAUGUGACUUUUCACCUUCAUCUUGUCUUAGAACUCUACAUUUUAUUCAAACCCGAUCCCAUAACCCAUCAAUCCCUCAAAAAAAAAAAAAAAAAAAAAAAAAAAGGUCUGUUUUUCUGCGAUUUCCCGUUUGAGGAACCGUAUAUGGGAGUGAUGCGGACAAAAUCAUAUUCUUCUUCUACUAGAGAGGUUACAGCGUCUGUUGCUAUUACGAAUGCCUCCGUUUCCCCACCUCCGGCGAUUCUCAACCUGACCUAAACUUUUCUCAAUUUAAGUUGACGAACUAUGCGAUUUCACCAUCCAAUUUCUCCAAAGAAGAGGCAUCAGCAUCCAAGAAAUGCCCCCUCAGAAACCCCACAAGCAAUAUUUCUACUACGGCCACCGCCACCGCAACCCCCACCAGCACCGCCCCACCGUCUACGGCGGCUUCUUCACCAACCGCCGAUCCCUCCCUCCACCCAGUCCUCACCAACCCAUUUCCCCAAAACCCCAACCCUUCCUUCUUCACAACUGGGAUCCUGAUCUCCCAUCUCAAAAACGCUCCAACCUCCCGUCGUUCACCUCCGAUGCCUUCUUCUCCACCUCACUCCGCCUUUCCCCAAUUGCUCGGUUUAUCGUCGACGUCUUUCGGAAGAAUCAAAACCAGUGGGGCCCCCCGGUGCUCUCUGAACUCAACAAGCUCCGCCGAGUUACUCCGGACCUUGUGGCGGAGGUUCUCAAGGCUUCUCACCGUCGUGAUUCUAACCCUAUUUUAGCCUCCAAGUUCUUCUACUGGGCUGGUAAGCAAAAGGGGUUUCAUCACACUUUUGCUUCUUACAAUGCGUUUGCUUAUUGUUUGAAUCGCCACAAUCGUUUCAGAGCUGCCGAUCAGAUUCCUGAGCUCAUGGAUUCGCAAGGUAAGCCACCUAGUGAAAAACAGUUUGAGAUUCUGAUUAGGAUGCAUUGUGAUGCCUAUAGAGGUCUUAGAGUUUACUAUGUUUAUGAAAAGAUGAAGAAGUUUGGGGUUGUUCCCCGUGUCUUCUUGUAUAACAGGAUUCUCGAUGCCUUAGUCAAAACAGAUCAUUUGGAUUUAGCUUUAACUGUUUAUAGGGAUUUCCAGGAAAAUGGGCUAGUGGAAGAGAGUAUCACGUUUAUGAUUUUGAUUAAAGGGUUGUGUAAAGCAGGGAGGGUUGAUGAAAUGCUUGAGCUUUUGGCUCGAAUGAGGGCAACUUUGUGUAAGCCUGAUGUGUUUGCUUACACAGCAAUGGUGAAGGUGUUCGUUUCUAAGGAGAAUUUGGAGGGUUGUUUGAGAGUUUGGGAUGAAAUGAGAGCAGAUAGAGUAGAGCCUGAUGUUAUGGCAUAUGGGACUUUGAUUAUUGGAUUGUGCAAAGUCGGGCGGGCACAAAAAGGGUAUGAAUUGUUUCAAGAGAUGAAAGGGAAGAGGAUUUUGAUAGACAGAGCAAUUUAUGGGACUUUGAUAGAGGCGUUUGUGCAGGAUGAGAAAGUUGGAUUGGCUUGUGAUUUGUAUAAGGAUUUGGUAGAUUCAGGGUAUAGAGCUGAUUUGGGGAUAUAUCAUUCUCUCAUUAAAGGUCUUUGUAAUUUAAAUCAAGUCCACAAGGCUUAUAAACUCUUUCAGUUAACCAUACGAGAGGAUCUUAAGCCAGAUUUCGAAACUGUGAAACCUAUUAUGAUGAUGUACGUGGAAAUGGGAAGAAUGGACGACUUGUGGAAGUUAGUAACCUUGUUGCAGAAGUUGGAAUUUUCUGUGGAUGAUGUUCUUUCCAAAUUUUUGUGUUUUAUGGUAGAAGAGGAGGACAAAAUAAGCGUAGCUUUAGAUUUAUUUCACGGCAUGAUUGAUAAGGGAUAUGGCAGUGUUGCCUUAUACAAUGUCAUCAUGGGGGCUCUUCAUCGCUAUGGGCAGGCAAAUAAGGCUCUAGAAAUCUACAAUGACAUGAAGAACUCAAAUAUCGAACCUGAUUCAACAACUUACUCUAUUGCCGUAUUAUGUUUUGUAGAAAUUGGUAAAAUCCGAGAGGCUUGUGCAUCCCAUAACAAAAUAAUUGAGCUGGGUUCAGUUCCUUCCAUGGCUGCCUACUGUUCUCUUUCCGAAGGUCUCUUCAAAAUCUGCGAGAUUGAUGCAGUUAUGAUGCUUGUUCGAGAUUGCCUGGCGAACGUCGAGAGUGGACCUCAGGAAUUUAAAUAUGCUCUAACGAUUGUCCAUGCAUGUAAGUCAGGUAAAGCAGAAAUGGUGAUUGAUGUUCUUAAGGAAAUGGUGCUACAAGAUUGCGCUCCGAGCUCAGUCGCAUACUCAGCUAUCAUAUCUGGAAUGUCGAAGUAUGGGACAUUUAAUGAGGCAAAGAAAGUGUUUUUGCAUCUGAGAGAGAGGAGUCAGCUGACUGAAGCUAACUGCAUUGUCUGUGAGGAAUUGUUAAUUGAACACAUGAAAAAGAAAACAGCAGAUUUAGUAAGAUGUGGAUUGAAGUUUUUCAAUCUUGAAUCCAGAUUGAAAGCAAAAGGUUGCAACUUGCUGUCAACUUAAAAACAUAGACUAACCUGUUUUAUUUAUCUCAUUAUUGUUUAUCAAUAAAAACUUUCUAAUUUUAUUCUGUUUA